UAUUUACUAGUAGAUCUGGGAAUGAAAGCUUCAUGUACGUCUCAAUUAACUUCCCGAGAGAUCGGACCCGAAGACUGAGACGAGUAAGCAACCAGUGAACUUUGAAACUAAUUAUUUACUAAUAGAUCUGGGAAUGAAAGCUUCAUAUACGUCUCAAUCAACUUCGUUAUUCGUCAGCACCGAGGAACAAGUCCUCGGCCACUAAAGGGACAGCUCAGAAAUGCAUAGCUUGAGCUUAGUCGUGUGUUUCAUAACCAUACUGACUUCAUCAGCAUGCCAAGUAACGGAUGAGACAGAGAAGACAUCAGAACCUGCUACGUGUGUUUACAAGGGCUACGAAGAUGAAGUAUACGACCUUACAAGUUUGGCAAACACCAAUGAGAGGCCUAGAUUUUGCACAGAAGACUCCAGGGGUUAUAGUAUCAGCUAUAAUCCAUGCUUCCCUUUCAAAAUUGGACCGAGUAAGAAAACAAACCCAUGUCACUCUGGUGUGGCGAUUUGUCAGUGGGUUGAAGGUCAUGAUGAUGCGUACGUUAAUAUUGGUAGUCAGAGGUCGGCGCUUUUCGAUGGGGGAGGCAAACACCCGAAGAUACAUUAUCAUCAUUCGUCCAGUGGUAUUAACUGGAAAUCCACUGUAUCACUGGUGUGCAAUUCAUCUGAUGACAAAGGCCAUUUCAGAGUUGUGACGGAUCAAAGGGCUGAUCAUGUUGAAUUAAGUCUCUCCCAUAAGUGUGCCUGCCCGAAUAUGUGUCUAAUCAACCCUACAAGGAAACCCAAAACUACAGUUACCCCUGCAGGAGACGACGAAGACAUAGUGUUUCCUGUGGUCGCUGGUGUCUUCUGUUUAUUUGCUGUUCCUUUCGUUAUUAUUAUUUGGCGACGUGUCAGGCCACAGCCUCCCAAUCCACCGUCUUCUACCAAUCAGUUUGUAAACCCUCUCUUGAAUAAAACUGAUCCAUCUGAUUAUGGUGCAGUUGGUGGAAAUGAUAGCACUAGCAACCCCCUCUCCAGUGCAAGUGAACCCACAUCGGGAAGUGGGUCGUCAAGUUUAACUAAACCCUCGUCAACGAACUCAUCAUCUUGUAAUGAUAUCAAAGUGUCUUCUAAAGAGAAUUCUAAAAGUAGUGAAAGGUCAUAUGUCUGUUGAAGAAGUCACGUUGGCGUGCUUAGCAGAUCGCUGUUUAGACCAUAGGAGAUCAUUUGGUUCCUCACGAGCUGGAUGAAAUAAUUUUAUGGCCAUAAAACUGGAUAAUGCGAUUCAACUGUUUGAAAAGGGUAUUAAAAACAUAGCUCCAAUUUAGAGUGAAACUUUUAGAAUCGCUUCCAACCACAAGAAAAUGCAAGACUAAUUUAUUUGUUCAGUGAUAAACAAAUGUAAGAUGAGAAAAAUAUUUUUUUGCGUGAAAGUCAAAAUAAUUGUGUACGUAAGAACGCAAAUUACUUCUUAGUCUCUGUAAGGGGAAACAAAUUUUGGAUGAAAUGUCAGUUCAAAACUUGUACGUAUUUUACUUAAAAACUCUUUCAAAUGACAAAGUGUAUUUCUAGGAUCUCUCAAAGAGAAACGAAUAAAUAAUAUUUUUGCGUA